AUGGACGGGUCGUGGGUGGACGGACCAGGCGUGUGGUGGAGGUUGAGCAAGCACGGAUGCUCGGAGUUUGGGUGGGUGGACGGACGGCAUGUUAGCGGCCUGGCACCAACACCAGCACCAGCACCUGGGCACCUGGGCUGGGGUUUACAGCAAUUAGUGAGCCAGCGGCGACAAGGACCAUCUGGUGUGCAGAUCCCUGAGCCCGCCUAUGGCAUGCAACCCGUCGAGGCCCCCGUCGUGUCCGCCCGUCAGACUUGCAGCCCGCAGGCAUACUACCCUCGCUCUAGUCUAGACGACGAGAGGCAGCGUAAGCCAGGCGUGCGAGCAAGUGCUGCACAUCCGACUCCGACUCUGCACGCCGCGACACGCCCUUUCACGUGCCAUGUCUGCGCCGUAGCCAGACAGGCACCGUUGGCUGCCCACGCCUGCACCGGCGUCCUCUGUCGGUCCCAGCAGGCCGUGGCAUGGGGAGCUGCCCGUGCGGCGGCGAAGCAGUUGCAGUUGGGUUCGACGUGCAUGCGAGGCUGA